AGAAGAAGAAGAAGAAGAAGAAGAAGAAGAAGAAGAAAUGGAACACCACAUACGUAAUUUCCCGUGCCAGUAGUAAACAGGAAGCGCACUGAUACCGUAAGGAGACGUCGAUUGAAAGAAACAUGGAGGGUUUGAAGUUUUCUAGCAACACCAUGCAGGUGAGUUUUGUGUGUCAGCGCUGCAGUCAGCCACUGAAGCUCGACACAUCCUUCAACGUCUUAGACAGAAUGACUUUCCAUGAGCUCACAGCUCCAUUAUUGACUGUGACAGCCAAUAAACAGUCAGAAAGCAGUGAGGGCAGCCGUUUUCCUGAGCACAUGGAGGUGACUAGCCAUUGCAGCACCGGCGGCACCCAGGCAGAGGAGCAGGUGUCUGAUAGUGAAGUCAAGGAGGGACAGAGUGAGCAGAAGAGUGUAAUAGAAAAGUCAAGCCAGGUUGAGUUAGCAGUGGAGGAGAGCACCUUUGAUCACCAGGGAGUCAGUCAAGAGAGAGAGACCUUUUUGGAGAGCAAACAGGAUGGUGUGUCUCGGAAAUACAUCCCACCCGCAAGGUAUGAUGAGCUUGAUGACACCUUUUUUUAGACAAACACACACACAUUCUAGUUAGAGUUGCAUGAUUAACCAUUUAAAGAUUACAAUUAUGAUUUAAACAACGGAGUUUCCUACAGGUAAGAAAUAUAUUUGUGAUUUUAGCCAGUGGAAAAGGAUGCCAUUAUAUCACAAGCAAUGUGACAAACAUCAAUUUGUGCUAAUUUUGUCAGUUGCAUUUUUAGACACUGAAAACAGUAGACAUUUAAGUCACAAGUUUUAAGUAUUAAUGAUUAUCAUUUCAGUCAAUCUUGUCUUCAGAAAAAAAAACAAUAUUUGUUUGUCUUAUUUCCCAUUUUUCACAUAAGAAGCUGCUUCUAAAGAUAGAGAUGUUUUUGCACAGAUUGUUUAAUGCAACUCAGAAGUCAUGAGCACGUUGACUCUGCAAUUAAAAUUUCUUGUUACAUGUGACAAACAGCAAAUAAUGUGCAUAAUUUAACAAACAAUAUUGUAAAAAGAAUUACUGAACAUUUACAAUUUGUGCUAAUUCUGUCAGUUGCAUUUUUAGACACUGAAAACCGUAGACAUUUAAGUCACAAGUUUUAAGUAUUAAUGAUUAUCAUUUCAGUCAAUCUUGUCUUCAGAAAAAACAAUAUUUGUUUCUGAUUUCCCAUUUUUUGCAUAAGAAGCUGCUUCUAAAGUGACAGAUGUUUUUGCACAGAUUGUUUAAUGCGGCUCAGAAGUCAUGAGCUAUUGUCUCUGCAAUUACAAUUGCAUAAAUAAUGUUUUGAGAUUAAUGUUUUAUAAAGUGUAAUAUUGUGAAUAUAGAAAUGAAAUUAUGGAAAAAGUAAUGCUAUUUUGAAAUAUGAAACUGAAUCAAGGGAACUGAUUCUAAAAUUGGUCUUUGAAUCUUUGAGAAUUGUUGAAAAUGUUUAUUUAAUUAGAAAGUUAUCACCUAAAUGUAUUGCUCAUAGACUCACAGUGCUUCUGCUAUAGCUUUGUUUGGAAAUAUUCUCAUAAAUGAAAUAUAAAAAUAGACAAUGGUGUGUCUAAAGUGUAAGCCAAUUGCGCUUACUUUCAGAAAAAAAACAACAACAUUAUUUGUGUGAUUAUUGCUUACAGGGUUAGUUCACCCAAAUAGCAAAAUUA